AAUUGUAUUUUAUAUUAAAUAUAGAGUGCCUUUCCAUCCAUUGCAAGAACCCUUUACUCCGAUCACAAUCUCUAUGAAAAGACAUAUUUCCAUAAAUAUCCAAAUUAUUACUUCACUGGCGAUGGUGCCGUUCGUGAUAAAGAGGGCUAUCUUUGGAUUACUGGUCGCGUGGAUGACAUGAUUAACAAAUAUUCUUUGCUUAUAUCUCCGGCCGAAGUGGAAUCGGCUAUUAUGGGGUGCGAUGCGGUCGCAGAAGUAGCAGCCGUUCCCACACCAGACCCCAUCACUGGCGCUCAUAUUUGCUGUUUUGUUGUCUUAAAGCAAAACACUUGUUGCGAUCAAAUUGAGGCUAUUGUUAAACAAAAAUCAAUGAGAGGAUAGGCGUCGUUGCGAUUCCCAAAUACGUGUAUUGUGUGAGAGCUCUGCCUAAGAAUAAGACGGGAAAAACAAUGCGAAGAAUUUUGAC